AUGUCGUCGCUCGAAGCCAAGAUCGUCGUCCUCGGCGCCCAAGGCGUUGGAAAGACCUCCCUGGUUAUGAGAUACUGUAAAGGCGCUUUCAACCCUGCUCAGAUCACUUCCACCGUCGGCGCCAGCUUCCUCACAAAGCGCGUCGUAGACUCCGACUCAGAUACCGUGGUGCGCCUCCAGAUAUGGGAUACAGCUGGACAAGAACGCUUUCGAUCCAUCUCUCGACUCUAUUACCGUGGCGCAAAUGCCUGUAUUCUCUGCUACAGCAUCACCGACGCACAAUCCUUUGCAGACAUGGGGGUGUGGCUCAUGGAACUACGACGGAAUCUUCCCCACGAUGUUGUCCUUCACGUAGUCGGUACAAAAGCCGACAUUGUCGCCCGCGAACCCUCAGCGCGCCAGGUCCCAUUUGAACGCUGCAUCGCCUAUGUCGCUGAGAAUCUCGCCCCAGGCGUAGGCAGCACACCACCCCCGACAGCAACUCCCUACCACAUUCCGACGCCCAUGUCAGGAGGCCAAGCCAUGUCACCGCCAUCCAUGGAGCUUCAUAGUCCCAGCUCAAAGCGGAGCUCAGGUUUCUGGGCACAAGAAGUUGGGUGGGAUGCAUGCCAUGAAAUCAGCGCCGAGACGGGUGAGGGUGUCGAAGAAGUAUUCCGAGUCGUCACACGCAAACUCGUCGAACAGAACCGCAAGAUUCAGCAAGCUCUUCUAAUGGCUACCGCCAUUCCCGGCACACCAGGCUACGAAGCUGGUAUGGAUGGUGGCUACUUCGCAGGUGCUGAUCCCCGAGGCAGCUUCCGUGUAGGCCGUGACCGUCGAAGCUGGUUAUUCUCUCCUGCUUUCUCGCCAGCCAUAACAGUCGAGCAGGCGGGAACUCAGGAGCAGACAAAUCCAGAAGCUCGUAAGGAAACAAAGAGGUGUUGUUGA